UAUUACAACAAAAUUAGUGAAAACUUCGAAUCGCCGGAUUUUCUCGCCGCCGGCCGUUUUCCGACUAGUCCCUACCAUGGCGGAGGAAGAUAGUGAUUUUCUGAGCUUAUCCGAUCUAGAAUCUGAGCUAGAUUCAAUCUCUAUCCCUAUGUUCUUCGACAAAAAUCGCCAUAUUUGUUAUUUAGAGAUGAUGCUUGAGCUACUACCUUCACCUUACCAAUCGCAGGAGAUCAAUCGUCUCACUCUUGCUUACUUCGUCGUCUGCGGUCUCGAUAUCCUUCGCUCUCUCGAUCGCGUUGACAAAGAAGGGGUGAUUAAUUGGGUUUUGUCACUGCAAACUCAUCUGCAAGACGAAGCUGAACUGAGCAAUGGACAAUUUUAUGGGUUCCAUGGUUCUAGAAGUUCUCAGUUUCAACCAAAUGACUAUGGGAAUGCGAUCCCAAAUUGCAGUCAUUUGGCAAGUACUUACUGCGCACUGUCCAUAUUGAAGACUCUUGGUUAUGAUUUAACACUAAUGGAUUCCAUGUCAAUCAUCAAAUCAAUGAAAAAUCUUCAGCAACAUGAUGGGAGCUUUAUGCCCAUUCAUAGCGGGGCAGAGACAGACCUCCGCUUUGUAUAUUGUGCAGCGGCAAUCUCUUCAAUGUUGGAAAACUGGAGUGGCAUUGACAAAGAGAAAGCCAAGGAGUACAUAAUAAACUGUCAGUCAUACGAUGGUGGCUUUGGUUUAACUCCUAGUUCAGAAUCACAUGGUGGUGCCACUUUUUGUGCUGUUGCAUCUCUCAGAUUGAUGGGAUUAAUUGAAGAUGAUAUAUUAUCGAAGAAUGUAUCCUCUUGUUUCAUAGACGUGCCCUUGCUUCUAGACUGGUGCCUACAGAGACAGGCAGCCACUGAUGGUGGAUUCCAAGGUAGACUAAACAAAGCUACUGACACCUGUUAUGCUUUCUGGGUGGGAGGAGUUUUAAAGAUCUUGGGGGCUCACAAGUUCAUCGACUAUGAAGGCUUACGUAAAUUUCUUUUCACCUGUCAAUCCCAGUAUGGUGGUUUUGGUAAGACUCCGGAGCAGCUGCCAGAUCUUUACCAUGCCUACUAUGGAUUUUGUGCAUUUAGUAUGUUAGAGGAACCUGGCCUCAAAUCGAUCUGCACUGAGCUGGGUAUAACAAAUGGACCUGUGCAGCUGCUAUAAAUCAUGCUCCACGCUCAUGAUCACAACGAUUUGCAAGGCUCAGGUACAAUUAAGUUGCUUGGAGAUAGAAUUGAUACUUUUUAUCUAUUUCUUUUCGUCUUUUCCGUGUAUUAUUAAAUUAUAGCAUAUUUGAUUCAAGAUUUUUUUUGGCAUUGAUGAUACAGCUUUAUUUUCACCUUGUUUUGUUCAUUUGAAAGUGAUCGCUUAAUUGUUGUAGCAUUUUUGACAUUUUGCUCCGAGAUAGUGGCUUUGUCACAAGUAGUCGCCUAUCUAAUUAUCGGUUUUUCUAGUGGUAAGAGCGUAACACGUGAUAUGUGGAUUAAGUGCAUGUCAUGGGUUCGGAUCCUGCCAACAAAAGCCUAGUAUUUAAGCGGAAAAUAGUAAGUGGGCUCAUUGUCCAUCAAGUUUUCGACCUUGUACAAUUGGCUUUCGGGGAUCUGUUGGUUAUCAAAAAAAAAAAAGAUUCUGAUUAAUCAUGGUUUGCGGAUCUGUUGGUUAUCCAAAAAAAGAUUUGGAUUAAUCAUGGAUCGUGGAACCCUACUUUGUGGAAUUAUACAAGGUAUGUUGUGGGUCCCCCUCCAGACUACGUGGAGCGGUGGUGACAAGUUCACAACAGACGACCUCAUGGGUGUAAAGUGUACUCACAAUCAUCAAUCCACAAUCAAGUAAGGUUAUUUAACUCAUAAGCUAGUCAAUACAUUAGUUCUAUGUGUGUAGUAAAAUUUUCGAUUCGAUAGAGUCCUCCUCGUCUUCAAAUCUUGGGUCCACAUUUACAUGUAAAACUCAUGAAAAGGAGGAUACACUUUUUAUCCUUUGUAUUUUUCAUUUUCGAGAUAUGAAUUUUAGACUUCUGA